UUUUGACCGAAAGUAGAUCCUAGUUUAGUGAUCUGUGGGUUGUGCUUGCUGACUUGGAGCAGGUAUCGAAAUUUCUAAUAUUCUGUAUGCUGUCGUUGAAUCGCGGGUAAAGCACUCAACAGCAUUUACACCAGUAUUGAAUACCAUGUAUCGCGAUCGUAACCGUGACAGAGGCCGUUCAGGAGAAGGGCGGCGUGGAGGAUUUGGUGGAGGUGGUGCAGGUGGUUUUGGCGGAGGAAGAGGAUUUGGAGGAGGUGGAGGGAAUAGUCUCAAGGGUAAACAGCCAGGUGAAAGGCUAAGGAAACCAAGAUGGGAUAUGAGCAGCCUACAACCUUUCCGAAAAGAUUUUUACGUACCACAUCCAAAUGUUGUCAGCCGGCCCAUGCAUGAAGUAAUCAAAUACAGAUCUUGUAAGGAAAUAACAGUGAAAGGAAACAAUGUUCCACAUCCCAACCUUGGUUUUGAUGAGGGCAACUUCCCAGACUAUGUCAUGAGUGAGAUCAGGAGACAAGGUUUUGAAGAGCCCACAGCCAUUCAGGCCCAAGGCUGGCCAAUUGCCUUGAGUGGCAGGGAUAUGGUUGGAAUAGCCCAAACUGGCUCCGGGAAAACAUUGGCUUACAUUCUUCCAGCAAUCGUACACAUAAACAGCCAACCUCGUUUGCUCAGAGGUGAUGGCCCCAUUGCAUUAGUGUUGGCUCCAACCAGAGAAUUGGCUCAGCAAAUCCAACAAGUAGCACAGGAGUUUGGAGCGUCAUCACAUGUCCGUAACACCUGUGUUUUUGGAGGUGCGCCAAAAGGUCCACAGGCACGAGACUUGGAACGAGGAGUGGAGAUAUGCAUUGCCACUCCAGGCCGUCUGAUUGACUUUCUGGAGAGGGGAACUACCAAUCUGAAGCGCUGUACUUACCUUGUUCUGGAUGAGGCAGACAGAAUGCUUGAUAUGGGAUUUGAACCACAAAUACGCAAGAUCAUUGAGCAGAUUCGGCCUGAUCGUCAGGUGCUAAUGUGGUCUGCUACAUGGCCCAAGGAAGUGCGUAACUUGGCAGAGGAGUUCCUCAAUGACUACAUUCAGAUUAACAUUGGUUCACUUCAACUUGCAGCUAACCACAAUAUUCUUCAGAUCAUUGAUGUGUGUCAGGAAUAUGAGAAGGAAACAAAGUUACUGAAGCUUCUGGAGGAGAUAUCACAAGAAGAGGAGAGUAAGACUAUCAUAUUUGUUGAAACUAAGAGGAAGGUUGAUGAUAUUACACGAAGCAUUGGCAGAUACGGGUGAAGGUUGAUCAUCUUUCAACGAUUCUAUUCUUUUUCAGAGUUUCGAAGUGGGAAGGUAGCUAUCCUGGUAGCAACAGAUGUAGCAGCACGUGGUUUAGAUGUUGAGGAUGUGAAGUUCGUCAUCAACUUUGACUACCCACAAAGUUCUGAAGAUUAUGUCCAUCGUAUUGGACGUACAGGUCGUUCGCAGCGUACGGGCACAGCAUACGCAUUCUUCACACCUAGCAAUGCAAAGCAGGCAAAUGACUUGAUUGCUGUUCUGCAAGAAGCCAACCAGGUCAUCAACCCCAAACUUCAUGAGAUGGCACAGAUGGCACGGUCUGGUGCAUUUGGAGGAAGGAGUCGGAGUCGCUGGGGCAAAGGUGGUGGUAAUGAUAGAGGGCCACGUGGCAGUGCCAGUGACAGAGGACCUCGAGGUCGGGGUGAUGAUAGGGGACCUCGUGGAAGGGCAGGAGAUGACAGAGGUCCUCGAGGUGGUGGUGACCGUGGAGAGCGUGUAGAUCGUGGAGGUGACCGAGGUGGUCCACGAGGAGGUGGUGACCGUGGUCCAAGGGGAGGAGGUGCAAACAGAGACAGGGGUGGGAGAUCUAGUCGCUGGGGAGACAAGAGCCAAGACCGUGGAAGCAGGUUCUCAAACAAUAAUGAACCACACAGUGCAAACUUCCAACCAUUGGGAAAUCCCUCCUCAGGCAGCAGGGGAGGGUUAGGACAAAACAAUGUUUCUCAGAUGGGUGGGCGAAGUGGUUUAGGGCAGAAUCCACCUUCACUGUUGAGUUUGCCACAGCAGCCCCCACCCCCUCCCCCACCACAGGCAGGAAACAUGAACCAUUACCAACAUAACAGUAACAAGAACUCUGCCCCUACUCCAUACUAUCAGCCCAACAACCCUCCACCCAAUAUGACUGGCAACAAUGUGGGAUAUACAGGGUAUGGCCAGUACCAGCAGAUGAAUGGCUAUGCCUACAGUCAACCCCCACCACCACUUCCCAAAAAUUAGGGCAAGAUAUGUGUUGUGACUACUGUGUCAGAGCUUGUCACUAGUGGCAGCACAUUCCAGUCACCAAGGCCUUUUUAUUAUAUUAUUUCAAGGGCAUAUACUUGCUAUAUAACAUUUUAAAAAUGGUUUCAUUUUUAGAGCAGAUUGCAGUCAUACUGCUCAUGAGAUGGCCUGUGUACAGCAGUCAGAACUGACUGAUGAUUAAGGGACUGUUUUUUGUUCCAUUGCACAUACACAGCAAAAUAUACUUACAACUAAAUCCCAGGGGACCUGACAGUCUUUCUUCUUUAGAUAUUUUUUCAUUCAACACUUUAAAAUGCCAUUGCACAUUCUACAUUACCACUGUGUUAUGAUGGUUGUUCAAAUGAAGAGGCCAUAAAAAUUGUCUGUAUGGGGAUUGAGGUAGGCAUCCUGUUGAUGCAGCAGUUAAUGGAUUCUCUCCACAUAGAACAACCUGGGCUGCUUCUGGAACUAUUGCACCACUGAGGGCCUUGAUAUCUUUGUCUGACUCAAAUCUGUGGUCCUUUAGAAUAUUCUUGAAGGGGCUGUAGGCAUGGGAAAUCAUAUGGUGACAGGUCUGUACUGAAUGGGGGAUGGUCUAACACCUUCCAGUGCAUACAACAGCAUGUCCUGGAUAGUUCAGGCCAUAUGCCAGGAUAUUUUUCCUUUAUGGCAGUCCAGAGAUCUCGAUUCCACAACAGUGCCUUGCAUUGUAGGUGAUGUCAAGGUCCUUGAUUCAGUUUGGAUGAAGACAUGAAGGCCAUGGUGGUGCAGUGGUUCCAGCUACAGCUCAAGGAAUUCUUUUGCAGAGGGGAUUCAUCAGCUGCUGUGUGGAUGGAAUGCCUGUCUGAGUUCACUUGGAGAGAAAUUUUCCUAUGAAGACAUAUGUUUCUGUUUAAUCAAGAUUUCAAUUUAAGAUGGGUUUCACUGUGCUUUUUGUAAUGUAUGUAUUUUAAUGUACAAACUCUAUUAUACCCCCCCCCCCCCCCCAAAAAAAAAAAAAAAAAAGUUGACGCUAGACUAACUCCUUUCUCUUCAGUCCAAUUUUACUGUUAUAUUAUUUGUGUAUGGGAAAAUUUGGUAAACUGGCCAUUCCAUGAGUACAUAUGGCAGUUCUAGCACACCUUGUUGUAUUGACACGGACACAAAAUUAUUAUUGUAAUUUCGUAUGGCUGCUGGGGGUCACAGGAGCUUACCUUAGUUUUGCUAGGGAUGAAUUAUGAAUAAACUGUUAUUUUUGUCUUCUUUUCAAAAUUGUGCUUUGUCAGUAUUUCCUGCACCGUAGUGGCAGCCUCCUUCUGCGCAAUAUGUAAUGUGAUAGUGUCUUGAUUUCAUCUGUCAUGUAAUCUCAGUCUUGCAGUUGUUGACUGUAACAGCAUCAUGUAUUUCACCCAGUCUGUAGUGUAGGUAUUUUAUAAAUUGGAAAUAAAAUAUACAGUAAUA